AUGGCUGCCGACCAUCCUUCUGCGUAUGGUAUCGAGACCGAUGCGAUGACCUUGCAGCGUUACGUCCUUCAACAACAGCGGAAACAUCCGAACGCUUCUGGAGACUUGACCAACUUGCUCACUUCUCUCCUCACUGCGUUCAAGGUACACAAUUUUAUUGCAAAAAGUUCAAUGAUUAUCAAGAAUGAUCACAGUGAUAAGGGUUUGCAUGAUGAUUUUGAAUUCGGUGUGGGUAAUAAUGACAAGUUUUUGAUGAAUGCACUCAAAACAUCGAAUUUUGAGAAAACCUAACGUAGUUUGAUUUUUGGUACAAUAUAAUGAUUCUAACUACAGGUGUUCCUUUUCCACCAAGAAUGGAAAAUUUGUCAAACAAAUCAAGUUCCAUUUUUUUAUUGAAUUUAUUCUUUCCAAAACCCAUGGAAUUGAAAAAAAUAAAAAUUUUUUUAUAGUGUAAAAUGUCAUCGUAAAGUUUUUGGAAACCUAAGUUUUACAAAAAUUUCAGAAUGUUUGGGAAUUUGAAUUUGUGGAUUGAAAUCCAAGAAGCCUAUACCGAAUUCUUCCGUCUAUUUCAAUAUAUCACUUUUCAACUUUUCACAAAUUCAAUUUUUUUUUCAGGCAAUUUCAAGCUCCGUCAGAAAAGCUGGCCUUGCUCAUCUUUACGGAAUCGCUGGAGAUGUCAACGUUCAAGGAGAAGAAGUUCUUUCUCCUCCUUUUUCUCUUGUAUUUAUAUGUAACUUUCAAGGUCAAAAAACUUGAUGUGCUCAGCAAUGAGUUGAUGAUCAACAUGCUCAAGUCGUCCUACACUGUGUGCGCCAUGGUUUCUGAAGAGAAUGAAAAGGUUACAUUAUUAAAAUUUUUAGUUCCGAGCUUGAAGGGAAGUGUGAUUUUUAUUAAUUUUGUAAAUGGAUUUAUUUUUAAAAAGUACAUUUUUCGCUCAACUGAUGUUGAUUAAAUUAAAUUUGGUUGUUUACAGGUCAUCGAAGUUGACGAAGGAAAACAAGGAAAGUACAUCGUGACUUUCGAUCCUCUUGAUGGGUCUUCCAACAUCGAUUGCUUGGUUUCUAUUGGUUAGUGCUGAAAUUCACACUUAAAAUCAAUUUGAAUAGUUCAGGAACAAUUUUUGGAAUUUUUCGUAAGACGUCUGACGGACCAGUGAAAAAGGAAGAACUCCUUCAAACUGGAAGGUAUGUUCAAGUCACAAAACGGGUAUGGAAGGCUCAAUUUUGGCAUAUCAUGUAUUUGAGAGUUAACAUUAAAAAAAUUUGAAUCUAUGAAUUGAAAAUAAAAAAUAGUUUUUUUAAUUCUGCAAUUAUCAGGGUAGUAUUUAAAAAAUCCACUGAGAAUUUAAUCUGCACAGAACGUGAUACUUUUUUUUUUACCGAGGCUUUACUGCUUCAAAAUUUUUUAUUGAAUCUGAAAUUUUCAGAAACCUCGUGGCGGCAGGUUACUGCCUUUACGGAUCGGCUACCAUGGUCGUUCUGUCAACUGGGCAUGGAGUCAAUGGUUUCAUGCUAGACCCAGUUAGUUCCAUCCAUUGAAAUCAUGCAAAAAAUAAAUUCCAGAGUCUGGGAGAGUUCAUCCUGACCCAUCGUCACAUGAAAGUUCCUGAGAAGGGGAAAGUCUACAGCAUCAACGAGGGAUAUGCAAAACAGUGGUCCAAGGGACUGACUGAGUACGUGAGGACUCGAAAGUUUCCUGAGGUGAGCUUGGAAUAAUGGGAAGAUCGUAUUCGAUUAUUUUUGAUGAAACAAGUUUUGUUGAUGAUUUCUGAGGUUAUCACAUCUAUCUGAAAAUGGAACCAUUUUUUCCUGGGGCAUACUCAAUGUCAAAAAUACGACUGUUUGUCCAACAUUUGAAAGUUCAUUUUUUGAAUUGAGGAUUUCGUUCCUAUAAUUCAGGUUUUCGAAAGUCAUCUCAAUGAUUUGAGGUUCAAAAUUAAUUAUUUUGAAUAAUUAUUUCAAACCUUUUUCGUACAAUAUCUCUCAUCCAACUUUAAGGAGAUUGAGUUUAAAAACCAUCGCCAUGGAUUUCGUGAUUCAUUCAAUAGUUUUCCCAAUUUUCAAUUUUUCAGGAAGGACAAAAAGGAAUGAACCAACGAUACGUUGGUUCCAUGGUGGCUGACAUCCAUCGAACACUGCUCAACGGCGGAAUUUUCCUCUAUCCGGCCACAAAAGACGCCCCGAACGGAAAACUCCGUCUCCUCUAUGAAAGUGCUCCAAUGGCCUUCAUCAUGGAGCAAGCUGGUGGAAUAGCUAUUCUGCAAGAUGUAAGAACAAAAAAGGAGAUACCCAAGAAGAAAUGACAUUAUUUUGCAGGGAAGCGCUAUCCUGGACAUCCAGCCAACAGAAAUCCAUCAAAGGUCGACAGUCUUCAUGGGCAGCAAGAAAGACGUCGAAGAACUCGUGCAGUUCUUUGAGAAAUACGACAAAAGUGCAUAA